AUGCAGCAAGGUUUGGACAAUUCUCAUUACCACAACAGCAUUGAAGAAACACUGUUAUUAGAAGAUUGUGACAGAGUGGCAGUUGAAUUUUCAUUAUCACUCCAAUUGUUUUUGUUUGCUACUCUUGUUGAUGAUGCAAAAGAUCAAAAUCACCACUUAUUAAUGACAACAACACCAAAAAAUGAUAAUAGCACUGAGGCACCAGUAUAUGAUGAUACCAAAGCAGCAGCACCAGCAAAAUCAGAAUAUUCAGAAAAUGCCACUAAUUGA